UAGGGCCCGCUCCGAUGACGCGCCUUGGGGAACUCUCGCGAGAAGAGGCAGGGAGUCUUGCUCUUGGAAGUCACUAUGGUGACGGGGAGAUUAGGAGGCUUCUUGGCAGCUGGUCCCAGUCCUGUGCGAGCAAUCGCCACCUCUUUCCUGAAACUUGAGUGAAUACAAUUAAGUGGCAUUUAAAUUUUUUGCUGAAAGUGGAGACAUGAGACUGAAGAUAUCUCUUUUAAAAGAACCAAAGCAUCAAGAAUUAGUAAGCUGUGUGGGCUGGACUACUGCUGAAGAGCUGUAUUCAUGUAGUGAUGAUCACCAGAUAGUGAAGUGGAACUUGUUAACCAGUGAAACAAGUCAAAUAGUAAAGCUUCCUGAUGACAUUUACCCUAUAGAUCUUCACUGGUUCCCAAAAAGUUUUGGUGUAAAGAAACAGACUCAAGCAGAAAGCUUUGUCCUCACAAGUUCUGAUGGUAAAUUUCAUCUGAUUUCGAAGUUAGGAAGAGUAGAAAAAAGUGUAGAAGCUCACUGUGGAGCAGUACUUGCAGGAAGAUGGAAUUAUGAAGGAACAGCAUUAGUUACAGUUGGAGAAGAUGGACAAAUAAAAAUUUGGUCAAAGACUGGGAUGCUCAGAUCAACAUUAGCUCAACAAGGAACACCAGUGUAUUCAGUAGCGUGGGGCCCUGAUUCAGAAAAGGUUCUUUACACAGCAGGCAAGCAGCUGAUCAUUAAACCUCUUCAACCGAAUGCUAAAGUUUUACAGUGGAAAGCUCAUGAUGGCAUUAUUUUGAAAGUAGAUUGGAACUCAGUCAAUGAUCUUAUUUUAUCUGCUGGUGAAGACUGUAAAUAUAAGGUAUGGGAUAGUUAUGGCCGCCUACUGUACAAUUCACAACCUCAUGAGCAUCCUAUUACCUCAGUUGCCUGGGCUCCAGAUGGAGACUUAUUUGCUGUUGGAUCGUUUCAUACUUUACGCUUAUGUGAUAAAACUGGGUGGUCAUAUGCUUUAGAGAAACCCAACACUGGCAGCAUAUUUAAUAUUGCUUGGUCAGUUGAUGGCACUCAGAUCGCUGGAGCCUGUGGAAAUGGACAUGUUGUUUUUGCACAUAUAGUAGAACAACGCUGGGAAUGGAAAAAUUUUCAAGUAACAUUAACUAAAAGAAGGACCAUGCAGGUUCGUAAUGUACUUAACGAUGCCGUGGACUUACUGGAAUUCCGAGACAGAGUCAUUAAAGCAUCUUUGAACUAUGCACACUUAGUUGUUUCAACAUCCCUUCAAUGUUACGUGUUCUCUACAAAGAACUGGAAUACACCGCUUAUAUUUGACCUCAAAGAAGGAACUGUUAGUUUAAUUCUGCAGGCAGAAAGACAUUUUCUUCUUGUAGAUGGUGGUGGUAUCUAUUUAUAUUCUUAUGAAGGGCGCUUCAUUUCUUCUCCAAAAUUCCCUGGAAUGAGAACAGAUAUUCUGAAUGCACAGACUGUGUCUCUGAGUAAUGACACUAUAGCAAUAAAAGACAAAGCUGAUGAAAAAAUCAUCUUCCUCUUUGAAGCAACAACCGGAAAACCAUUAGGUGAUGGGAAGCUUCUUUCUCAUAAGAAUGAAAUCUUGGAAAUUGCUCUGGACCAAAAAGGACUUACCCAUGAUAGAAAAAUUGCUUUCAUUGAUAAAAACAGAGAUCUCUAUAUCACUUCAGUGAAGCGAUUUGGGAAGGAAGAACAAAUUAUCAAACUUGGAACAAUGGUGCAUACUUUAGCGUGGUGUGAUACAUGCAAUAUCCUUUGUGGACUUCAAGAUACUCGAUUUACAGUGUGGUAUUAUCCCAAUACAGUUUAUGUGGACAGAGACAUUUUGCCAAAAACGUUAUAUGAAAAGGAUGCAAGUGAAUUUAGUAAAAAUCCCCAUAUUGUGAGUUUUGUUGGAAAUCAGGUAACUAUAAGAAGAGCUGAUGGCUCCCUGGUUCACAUCAGCAUAUCACCAUAUCCAGCUAUUCUCCAUGAAUAUGUAGGCAGCUCAAAAUGGGAAGAUGCUGUAAGACUUUGUCGCUUUGUUAAGGAGCAAACCAUGUGGGCCUGCCUAGCUGCUAUGGCAAUUGCGAAUCAAGACAUGACAACUGCAGAAAUAGCCUAUGCAGCAAUUGGUGAAAUUGAUAAGGUUCAAUACAUCAAUUCUAUAAAAGAUCUUCCAUCUAAAGAAUCAAAAAUAGCCCAUAUACUAAUGUUUAGUGGGAACAUACAGGAGGCUGAAACAGUGCUUCUUCAGGCUGGCCUUGUUUAUCAGGCAAUCCAGAUUAAUAUUAAUCUCUACAACUGGGAAAGGGCACUGGAAUUGGCCAUAAAAUACAAAACACAUGUUGAUACAGUUCUUGCUUACCGUCAAAAGUUUUUGGAGACAUUUGGUAAACAGGAAACUAAUAAACGAUACUUGCAGUAUGCAGAAGGUCUCCAAAUAGAUUGGGACAAAAUCAAAGCCAAAAUUGAACUAGAAAUUACUAAAGAACGAGAGCGAUCAUCAAGCGGCCAGGCCAACAAGACCAUGGGUCUGAAACACUAAAUGUCAUGCUAACCUGUAAGAAGUUUUUGUCUUUUAAAAUUAAUUCUGAUUAACCAAAGAUAAGCAUGUUUUUGUUGCUAAAGAAAAAGUCAUAAUCUGUAAAUAAGAAUAAGCACUUGCUGCAAAUUUAAUUCUGAAAGGACAUUCAGAAAGAUUAAGCACAAAAUAACUUAUGAAAUUUCAUCUUUUAUAUUUUUCUAGUUCAGUAAUUAGCAAAAUAUUACUAUAUACUUGUAAUAUACCUAUAUAAUGUUGAUUACCCUCCAGUUUUUUUCCAUUACUUUGUUCUUGAAUAAAUAUUAAUGCUGAUAAAACA